AUGGCGAUGAAGCGCAAGCGAGUCCACGCCGCCGCCGCCGCCGCCAUGGUGCUGGACGUGACGGCCAUCUCGCUCCUACAGUACCUGGACGCUUGGGACGACGCACUGGCCUUGCUACAGGCCCUGCCAGCAGCGACAAUGAGCGCGCCACUGGCGGCGACCAAGGAGCUCUUGGCGACGUCGCCGGCCGCUGUCGACCAAUGGCCCACGAUCUGCAUCGAGAGGCUCGAGGCCGCGUCUGUCGAGCUCGCCUUCGUCGCGCUCCCAGCGCUCCCAGCGCUUGAGAUCCGCGAGCGGACGCUCUUUGUUGAUCGCCUCCAAGGUCGGUUCCGCGACCUCGAGGCCUUUCUGAGCGCGCAUGCGUCCAAGAUUGUGGCCAUCCACGAAUGCGUCGACGACCAGAGCAUUGAGGACAUGCUGCGUAUUCUACCUCGCUGCUCGCACCUGGAGCGAUUGGAAGCUACGCUCGACGUCUAUGGCGCGCUGCUGCCCCACCUCGGGCCCCGUGUGCACUGCGUGCGGCUCGAGCCCGGCGACGUCGCACCGACGUAUGCGGCCGCUGCGCCAUUGCUUCCGUGGCUGGCGCAAGGACGCGUGAGGAACCUACGUCUGUUGCGCAUCGACGAGGCGGACGGCGCGACGAGCUUUGCAGCGGCGCUGGCGACCGCCACGUCGGUGACGCACAUUGAUUUAGACGAGUCGGAGGCCAUCGUCCGAGCCCUUGUCGCUGCAGGCAAGCCAUUGUACCACUGGCAAGAGAUCACGCUUGGCCAUCUUCUCACGUCGUCGGACGUUGCUGGCCUCGUCGCGCUCCUCGACCUCGGUCGACUGACGCGCUUGGACAUUUUUGCUACGGAUGAUAUGAGCUGCGUCUUGGAGGCGCUACCGCACAUGUCUCAGCUGCACAAAUUAAGUCUCUGCGACGGCUCGCUCGAUGCGAUGCCAGCGACGCUACCGCCACCAAGUGGCCGCCUCGCUCGACUCACGCUGCGGGCGAUGCAGCUCUCGACCGAGGCCGUUGCCACGAUUUUGCGCUGGACGCUGCAGCUCCAACAACUCGAAAUGAUCCACCUGGACGGGAUGCACUUGUUUGACGAGCACCCAGAGCUUGCUUUGUAGGCUGUGGAGUACUGGGUCCUUACACUAAGUGCUCCGCUCGUCACGCUACAGGACUGCAACAUGGGACGGGCCGGUGUGCGUGCGGUCGUGUCGGUGCUAAGAGACAGGCUGUCGUACGGAGGCCCGCUGGAUAUGGACCUCUCGGAGAACGAAUUGGGGUCUCUCGACUACUUGUACCUGCUCAGUGCGCUGGCGGCAUCGACGGCCACGACGCUGCAGUUCAGCAUCGAUGACAAUGACAUCUUCCUCGUCCGUACCCUUGCCGACGAGCGGUCGAUCCGUGUUGAUACGCGUCCGACAGAUUUCGGACUUGUCUAUAUCUUUAAAAGCCCACAAUAAAAUUUCAGAACGAAUUGUGCG